CUAAAUCUAAUUCCAAUCUCCGGUUUCCCACCGACCGUUUUGUGUGCUGACUUCUCUAACUUAAACCCUACACUCACACUUCAACACUUUUCAGAUCUCACUCCACCAUCUUCAAUCUCACGACUUUUUCAUUCUCAAUUUUCUCUCUCCUAAACUCGUCUUCUCCAAUGCCGAGUCGACUCAUCCUCACUCUCUUCCUCUCCUCUCUCCUCCUCCUUUCUCUCUCAUCCCUCUCUCUCUCCUCUGACCUCGACGACGAAGACCUCAGCUUUCUCGAAGACGACUCCGACGAUGUCGUUUCCACCCCUAAAUCCGACGAUUUAGACGACACUGAAGAAUUCGACGACGAUUUCGGAAACUACGAUGAUUUCGACGAGUCACAGUUCGGCGGAGACGAGUCUGACUCGGCCGAGUACUCGAUGCCAGAGGUUGACGAGAAAGACGUCGUCGUUUUAAAAGAGAAGAACUUCACUGAUGUGAUCGAAGGAAACACGUAUGUUUUGGUUGAGUUUUACGCGCCGUGGUGUGGUCACUGUCAGCAGCUUGCGCCUGAGUACGCUGCUGCUGCUACUCAACUUAAAUCUGAUGGUGUUGAUGUUGUGCUUGCCAAAGUCGAUGCUACCGAAGAAAAUGAACUUGCUCAUCAGUUUGAUGUGCAGGGGUUUCCUACUGUUUUGUUCUUUGUUGAUGGCGAGCAUAAGACUUAUAACGGCCAGCGUACCAAGGAAGCUAUAGUCACAUGGAUUAAGAAGAAGACAGGCCCUGGUGUAUACAAUAUUACGACGACAGAAGAAGCAGAAAAGAUUCUAACUUCAAAUGAGAAAGUUGUCUUAGCGUAUCUGAACUCUUUGACGGGUCCUGAGAGCGAUGAGUUUGCUGCUGCUUCAAGGCUUGAAGAUGAUGUGAACUUUUAUCAAACUGUCGAGCCUAAUGUGGCAAAGCUUUUUGAGAUUGAUGCUGAAGCUAAACGACCCGCCUUAGUUUUGCUGAAGAAGGAUGUCGAUAAAUUUAAUCAUUUUGAUGGCAAGUUUGCAAAAUCUGCAAUUGCUGAGUUUGUCUUUGCUAAUAAACUUCCCUUAGUUACAACCUUCACCAGAGAAAGUGCUCCUUUGAUUUUUGAAAGUCAGAUCAAGAAGCAGCUCUUGCUAUUUGCUACAUCAAAUGAUUCGGAGAAGGUUCUUCCAAUAUUUGGGGAAGCUUCCAAGUCCUUUAAAGGGAAGAUUAUCUUUGUUUACGUACAACUAGACAAUGAAGAUACUGGCAAACCUGUUGCAGAUUAUUUUGGUGUCACAGGCGACGCUCCAACGGUUAUUGCGUACACAGGAAAUGAGGAUGCCAAGAAAUACUUUCUUGAGGGAGAAGUAACUUUGGAUAAGUUGAAGGUUUUUGGAGAAGAUUUCGUGGAAGACAAGCUUAAACCCUUUUACAAAUCUGAUCCUAUCCCUGAAACUAACGAUGAUGAUGUGAAGAUAGUUGUUGGUAAUAACUUUGAUGAACUAGUUCUCGAUGAGUCAAAGGACGUUUUGCUUGAGAUCUAUGCUCCUUGGUGUGGUCACUGCCAAUCAUUGGAGCCCACAUACAAUAAGCUAGCUAGACAUUUACGAGAAAUUGACUCCAUUGUCAUUGCCAAAAUGGAUGGAACAACAAACGAGCACCCCAGAGCAAAGGCGGAUGGAUUCCCGACAAUCUUGUUCUUUCCAGCUGGAAAUAAAAGCUUUGAUCCUAUUACUGUUGACGUAGAUCGUACAGUGGUAGCAUUCUAUAAGUUCUUGAAGAAGCACGCAGCAAUACCGUUUAAACUUCAGAAGCCAGCAUCAACCCCAAAGGCAGAGGGUUCUGAUAAAAAAGAUUCUUCCGAGAGUAGCACUACCAAAGAUUUAAAGGAUGAAUUGUAAUUUGAAAGUUUCCAACAUGUUAUAAGAGUUUAAGUUAUAUGGGUUAAUAGUUAUUAUAUUGACACAUUCCGAUAGAUAGCAUCAUGGAGAAUAGAUGGAGGAAGUUGAAGGUUAGCUGUAGAAAAACUGUGCGCUUCCAAUCCUUACGGCCCAACGGUGUAGUGAAUGAUGUAUUCCAUUUGGAUAGCACGUUGAGACUCAAAUUGCUAUUCCUGCUUUGUUAGGGAAGCUCUUGAUACUACAAUACCUAUUCUGAAA